UCUCUCUCUAAGCAGACUAGACAUGAAGCCGCCUUAUACGACCUCCGUCGUGCUCCGAUCAUGGCUCCCCCACUGAGUUGACUCGGUGCUUCGUAACUUUCGUUUCGCUUCAUUGAACGAAGAUUGUAAUCGAGUAUAAUUUUGUCGCUUUCUCACUAUUUUUCCUCAUUUUUCUAAGGAAGCAAUCACGAUCAAGAACUUAACCAUUGUUUGCGGUAAAUUGGCGUUUUAUGUUGUAUUUUAAUUAGCUUAAUCCAGCUUCGAUCUGUCCUUAUCCGAGUAGCUGCUUCGAUUCUCCUGGUUUUUGUAUCUCGGAGUUUAGGAACUGAAGAAGAAAGGAAACUGGAGGCGUGAGAAGUUCUGUUUGAUUGAGAUUUAAAGUGUACACGGAACAUGAUGGAGAUGGAAAAUUCAUCCCCAAUGACGGUUUCGGGAGAAGCUAGUGCGUCUUCCUCAGGUAAUCAGAUUCAAGCACCGCCGCCGAAAAAAAAGAGAAAUCUUCCUGGGAUGCCAGAUCCAGAUGCUGAGGUUAUAGCUUUAUCUCCGGCAAGCCUACUAGCCACAAAUCGGUUCGUGUGCGAGAUCUGCAACAAAGGCUUUCAACGCGAUCAGAACCUGCAACUCCACCGGCGGGGUCACAACUUGCCUUGGAAGCUUCGCCAAAGAACUAGCAAGGAAAUCCGGAAGCGAGUCUAUGUGUGCCCUGAGCCGACCUGCGUGCACCACAAUCCCUCCCGUGCCCUUGGCGAUCUCACCGGCAUAAAGAAACACUUCUGCAGAAAACACGGCGAAAAGAAGUGGAAAUGUGAGCGUUGCUCCAAGAAAUACGCCGUGCAGUCGGAUUGGAAGGCUCACAUGAAGACUUGCGGCACCAGAGAGUACAAAUGCGAUUGCGGCACCAUUUUUUCAAGGAGAGAUAGUUUUGUAACGCACCGGGCGUUUUGUGACGCUUUAGCGGAGGCGACGGCCAAAGCUAAACCGCUACCAAUCAAGAGUGGUACUGCAGCCUAUCAAGAAGAUACAAAAACAACGGUGAAAAAUACAGUCACCACCACAACAUCACCGCCGCCUCUUACCCCAUCAUCUAGUGCAGUCUCUCCGGGUUUGUCAAACCAAAGUCCAGAAGAUGGCGUAGUACAAAUUGUCAAUGAUGAUUCAGUGAGGGAGGUGUUGGAAAUUAUAAAUGUUGUCAAUGUUAUCCACGUUUAUAUACUUCAUAUCCCUGACUUUGCACAUGUAGAACAAGAAGUGCUUCUUUUACCAACUCCUGGUGAUGAUCAGAAGGAGGACAAUGACAAUGCUAGUGACAAUGUCCAACUUAAUAUUACUGAGGAAAGUGUUGGCACUGAUGAUGGGGCUGUUGCUAACGUUACUAAGGAAGGUGUUAGUGUUGAAACUCAUGAUGGGGAUGCUGUAAGUGAUGAUGGUGUCAGAGUUGAAUCUGAUGAUGAUGAGGAAGAUCAUAUUAUUAACGUUCCUAAGUUAACAAACAAUGAAGAUGAAAAGACGCUGCAAGCUAGAAAGAAUGUCAAGUUUUUCAGCAACAUUGAGGACAACAUUGAGAAAGACCUUGAACCACCAACAGUUGAUGUAAAGUAUUCUGAUGCACAGUAUUCUGAUGCACAUACUACAACAAGUUCUAGUGCUAGAGGACCAAGUCGACAACAUUUGGAUGAAGUUGAUGAGAUAGAGAGUGAUGAAGAAGAUAGCUAUCUCUCAACAUCUGACAACGAAGCAAGCAAAGCCAAACAUGGUAAAAGGAGACGGACUACGUAUAAGGUUUACCAAGAGCCAAGAGAUGAUGAGACUCUUGACAUUAGAUUAGGAAUGAUGUUUAUCAACAAGCAACAAUUUAGGGAUGCUGUGAAUAAAUGGAACCUCAAGCAGAGGCGAGAUAUUAAAUGGAUAAAAAAUAACAAUAUAAGAUGCAAGGCAUCAUGUGUGAAGGCGCCAGAUUGUCCAUGGCAGAUUUAUUUGGCAAUGGACCAACCAACUGAAUCUUGGAUGGUAAAGACAUUUGUGUCUAAGCAUGCAUGCCAUUGGAAAGAGUUAAGUGUUGAGUUAUCUGACCAUCAAUUGAAAAAGGUGAAGGAGAAGAUUGGGAAGGCAUUUGAGGGUGAUUGCAAGAUGGAAUAUGUUGGUUGCAGGCGUGUUAUUGGUCUUGAUGGUGCCUUCCUUAAAGGAGCAUUCAAAGGAGUAUUGUUGGUUGUUGUUUCUAGGGAUGCAAACAACCAGAUGUAUCCACUUGCAUGGGUAGCCGUGGAAGAUGCUGAGCAUAGAACAUGUGCUAGACACAAAUAUGCCAACAUUCGAAAGAAUAAUGGAGGCAAAGAAUUGAAGGUAGCAUUUUGGAGAUGUGUUGAGGCUAACACUGAACAUGACUUCAACAGGGCAUUAACUGAGUUAGGGCGUAUUAAACCAAGUGCAAUCCCUACCAUCAUGAUCACACGCCCUAGGUAUGCAGUUACUGUGAUUGACCAUAGACAACAGAAUGAUGAGGAUUAUGUAGUACACUGGUAUAGCAAGCAAAUGUUCAUGGCAAGUUAUGAAUCUAAAGUCCUAGUCAUAGAAGGAAUGAACCAAUGGAAGGAAAUUAAAAUGCCACCUAUUCAACCACCAAAUCCAAGAAAGAUGCCUAGCAGGCCAAAGAAGAAACGACAACUAGAAGAAUGGGAGGGGAACACAUCUGUUGGUAGAAAAGGGAGGUUGAUGACUUGUCAAAAAUUCUUCAAAAGGGGGCACAACUCAAGGUCAUGUAAAGGAGUUCCACCAAACAUUGAUCAAGCAACUGCCCAAAAAGAGCAGCCUCAAGGUGUUGAUGAAAACAUUGGAGUUAAUGUGGAAAACCCAAUGAGCCAAGUGGAGGAUCCUUUUAGUCAAGUUUUUAAUGAGGCACCUACACCAAAGAUAUGUAGGCAAACAACAAGAAGAAAACAUGAAGUUUGUGAAGGAAGCUCCAAAAAUGCACAGUCAUGGAAGAGGGCUAAAAAGGACUGUGCAACAACAACCACAGGCCUCUCCCAAUCACAGGCAGCAACUACUUCAGUAGUCAAAGAUAAAGGGAAACAACCAAAGAAGCCACGACAGCCAAAGAAGAAACCCUGAAUGGCUGCAAAUGCAUCAAAGUGAGAUUGAUGGAGAUUGAUUUUUUGGUAUUUUGUUAGGUUGAAUAUGUUGGGGUGAGCAUAUUUUGUGUGGGGUUGUAUUUUGUGUAUAACAAUUAUGGUUGAUAAAUGUAGUUAUUGGUUUAAUGUGCAGUCCAUAAUUGUAUUUUUUUCUUAGGUUUUAAUUGCAAAUUUUGCUUUUUGUUUGUAUGUAUGAAACUGCAUUUAUGUAAGGUUUGUAAAGACUGCAUCUUGGAAUGGUAUCCACUUUGUAUAAGUGCUUAUUUUCUCAAAUUUAAAUACAUUCAGGUACAACAU